AAGGUCGGCGGCGCGGGCGCUGCGGCGGGGCGGCGAAGCGGGACGGCUGGGAGCGAGCCCACAGGCUCCGAGGGACGCGCUGACCAUGGCCGAGCAGCCCAAGCCCAUCAGCCCGCUCAAGAACCUGCUGGCCGGAGGCUUUGGCGGCAUGUGCCUCGUGUUCGUAGGGCACCCUUUGGACACGGUCAAGGUCCGACUACAGACACAGCCGCCAGCUUUGCCUGGACAGCCUGCUAUGUACACUGGAACCAUCGACUGUUUCCGGAAGACUCUUGUUCGAGAGGGCGUCACAGGACUGUAUCGGGGCAUGGCUGCCCCUAUCAUCGGGGUCACCCCGAUGUUUGCCAUCUGCUUCUUUGGAUAUGGUCUGGGGAAGAAGCUGCAGCAGAAGGGACCAGAAGAUGUGCUCAGUUACCCGCAGCUAUUCGCAGCUGGAAUGUUGUCUGGCGUAUUCACCACAGGAAUCAUGACCCCGGGAGAGCGGAUCAAGUGCUUGUUGCAGAUUCAGGCUUCUUCUGGGGAAACUAAGUAUGCUGGUCCAUGGGACUGUGCCAAGAAGCUAUUUCAGGAGUCUGGGAUCCGAGGCAUCUAUAAGGGGACUGUGCUGACCCUCAUGCGAGAUGUUCCAGCCAGUGGAAUGUAUUUCAUGACCUAUGAAUGGCUGAAAAAUAUCUUCACUCCAGAGGGAAAGAGUGUCAGUGAGCUCAGUGCGCCCCGGAUCCUGGUGGCUGGUGGCAUUGCAGGGAUCUUCAACUGGGCUGUAGCAAUUCCCCCUGAUGUGCUCAAGUCUCGCUUCCAGACAGCACCUCCUGGGAAGUAUCCUAAUGGUUUCCGCGAUGUGCUGAGGGAGCUGAUUCGGGAUGAGGGAAUCACAUCUCUGUACAAGGGCUUCAAUGCAGUGAUGAUCCGCGCUUUCCCCGCCAACGCGGCCUGUUUCCUUGGCUUUGAAGUUGCCAUGAAGUUCCUUAAUUGGGCUACUCCCAACUUGUGAGGUGAAAGGCUGCUCAAGGCUUUUGGACGCUGGAAGCCACAACGCCAAGGAGAAGCAGAAGGAGCAGCAGCAGUGGGCAGUCCUGAUUGCUGAGGGGAGGGGAUGGUGGGGUCAGACUGUGCCUUAAUGAUAUCUUCUACCUUGUAAUAACUGGGGUGAGCUAUUUUGGAACUUGAAUUCACUCCUGUCAGUUUAAAGGCUCCCAAGAGAACUCGUGGAUGGACUAGGUGGCCUCCAAGCCAGAUAACACCUGUGGCCACAGUGCUGCCUCCUCACUGACUGUUGGCCCCACUACAUCCCAAAAUUCCCUUCAGUCUCAGCCUCUCCCUGGGGGCACUGUCUGUGUUUUCAAUCAGAUGAUCAGUUUUGUUUUUUGGGUUUUUUAGUCCUUAUCCAAUAAUACCUGUCUGAUUCCCUGGAUGUCAUCGAAUCCUCUGCCAUGCCUGGGGAUGUGGACUUAAGGCCCAUGUCUGUUUGUCCAGGGAGACAGGGCAUAUAAGCCUGGGGGUAGCUCACCUGUUAACUGUUGGCUCUAGAUAUUUUAAAAAUACAUAUAAGUAACCAAAACUGUAUGUGCUCUGGUGAUCAGCACAUACACCAAUAAUGGAGCGAUACAGAGAUGAGUGUGGCCUAUGGAAGAAAAACAGAAGCUAGAGUAGCCGAAUUUCCCAGGAGUGGGUGGGGCGCUUUCCCUCCUACAUAGUGGGAACAGUCCUAGCCUUCUGGGAUAAGUGAGGAAACCCGGGGUGUAGGAAAACCCUUUUUUUGUACACACUUUUCUCAUGAGAGCGCUCUAUUUUAACAGGAAGCAAUAAAAAAUUGUUUCUAAUUUU